AUGGUGAAAUUUCUUCCUAGUGCUUCCGAGUACGUUUUGCCUGGUCCAUCUACACCAGCUUCUUAUAGAGGACGUCCAAAUUAUUACAACCGUAACUAUUCUGUUGGUGGAGGUUAUAAUCGUGGAUACCGAGGUGGUAAUAACUACCGUAAUCGCACUAAUAAUCGCAUGGGUGGUACAAAUGAUAUGGGUAACUCGAAUGAAAAUAAUGCUGCACCAGCAAAUGACAACAAUGCAGCUGCUAAUUUAAAGAGUCAACAACCACAAACACCAAUUGCAACCGGUACAGCCACAAAUCCAUCAAGCGCUAUUUCCUCUGCAACAAAAAAGACAGUUGCACAAGAAAUAAACACCCAAGCGCAUAUGACGCCGGUAUUAGCUGGUCAAUAAUAUUUGCGAGCUUAUGAAUUUAAAAAAUUAUUGUUGUAAAUAACAGCAAUAAA